UCCAGCUUCAUGCAAAAACACAAAUUUUGCGAAAAUGCUUAUUUUUAUGGUUCUUUUCGUACAUACAAGCUCGUAAAUAUUUUGGCAAUUUUUUCGUAAAUAUUAAAUACAUACAUACAUGUUUGAGGGAUUUUUCCUAAAUAGAUAACCACCGUCUGAUAAUUAUUGUGUAGAGAAAAAUCUAGAAAUCGCUCUUCCGAUGAUCAUUUCCGAUGGCAAAAAUUAUUUGCACAAUUAUUCAGUCGAGUACUCAUGGAGACGGCACGAAUUAAUUUCAUAUGUCAACAAACUUGUCUCCAAAAUUCUUCAUCUCGGAAAAUUCCAAUAUCAUAUUCUUUUCAAAAUUUUUAAUUAUUCUAAUCAAUAAAACUACCACCACCACCACCACCACCGCUUCUCGCCCCCAGCCGACAUCCUCCCCGUUUUCGUAACCUAAAACUAGCCAAACAUGAGCUCAAGUUGCAGCGUGUCCCCCGCAGCGGCGACGGCGGCCACAACGACGGCCUCCGUGGUUUCGAAACCUGUCGUGAAAUUGGGGAAAGGAUCCGUAUCUCGAGCAAUCGCUGGGACGGCGGCGCUUUCCGGGGCGACGCUAAAAACCAUUCUUCCCUCCGGGUAUGGCUUCGUCGUCCUCACAGCGAUCGGAUCGGUCAUGCUGCUCACUUGGAAGUCAAUCAAAGUCGGGAUCGCCCGUGAAGAGUACAAGGUGCCCUACCCGCAGAUGUACUCGCAGGAAAACAUGGCCUUCAACUGCGUCCAACGCGCACAUCAGAACACGCUGGAAAAUUACCCCCAGUUUCUCCUCACCUUGAUGAUUGGGGGCUUGGAAAUGCCGUACUUUUGCACGGUCGGAGGUUGUAUCUGGAUCAUGGGGAGGAUCUGUUAUGCACGCGGGUAUUACACCGGCGACCCGUACAAACGGUCACGCGGAUCUUUCAGCAUGUUCGGAAUGGUGAUGUGUCUCGCGGCCACGACGCGCUUCGCUUUGAAACAUUUGGGAUGGUCGGGUUGAUAAGGGAUUGAGCGAUAAGGACAAGUAACAACGACAUAGAUAGAAGCGGCUAAAUUUUUGUACCGGCUAAAUUUAUAUAUGGAUUUCUAGUAAUCUCUUUGAAAGAUUUAUCAUGUAAAUCAAUUUCAUCUCUGAAAUAGUAAA